AUGAACUUCAGAGGCAAGGUUUUACUGAACUACGGUAACAAUGAAAAAUUUUACGAUUUAGCCAAACAAUACAGGCUGCAUUGGGGUGAGAAGAUAUUUGUUAUGAACGAGACUUAUGCACAUUUAUUCAAACACGCGUCAAAAAAGAAUGAAUACAUCCCAAGCACAGAAUUGAAGAUCAAUAACCUAGAGAUAAAAGAGGUGGAUGCUGAGUAUGUGAAAUUCAGGUUUGAGUCUACCUGUUCUAUUCGUCUCUCGCAAGGGAAGACUUCGUCUGAAAUAAUCUUGGAAAGCAAGCCCACCCAUUUGAAAGACAUCAUAAACCGGAACGUAUUUGCUGCCCAAGUGGGUGGCUUUAUUACAUCCAUGCAAUGGUUACCCCGGAGUCUAGAGCUGGAGGAUGGUAUAUCAUACUUGGCGCUUGGAGUUAUAAGUGGAGAGAAAGGACUCUCGGAGGUCAAUGCAAUCAACCCAGAGUUGAGUGUAUUCAAUAACGUUUCUAAAAAGCACCUCCAGUCCUCAAUACAGAUAUGGAAGUACAGUGCGCACUUGAAUCAAUUGGAGAUGCAGAACACAUUGGUUACCUCGGAUUUUGGGGCUGUCACUGACAUUCAGUGGGCGCCAAUAUACAAUGACGACGACGUGUUGGGCGUUUUAGGCUGUGGUUUCAAAAAUGGCGAGAUUCACUUGAUGAAAAUUGAUGCAGCUUUGCCAACGUUUGGUGUUGUUCUCGAACCCUCUUACAGGUUGAGAUCUAAUAUCAAGGGAUCGUCGAAUCUAACAUGCUUUUCAUUUGUCGGUGCUGAUAAACUACUAUCGGGAACUGCGGACGGGUACAUAAUGGAGUUUGAUCUCCCGCUACGCACAGAUGGCGAUAUAAUGCAGCCAAAUUUCAAAACUUUUCUCUCUGACGGCCCAAUCUCAAGCAUUGUUUCGGUGCCCGUUUCCACAAAAGAGAGCGAGCAUAUUUUAAUCAUCAAUGGUCAGGCUUAUAGAGGGGUGGCUUUUGCUUCUCUCAAUCCGCUUGUUGAUGUAUUUUGUCCUUUGUCUGAAAAAUCAACGGUGAAGCCAACCUAUAACUAUAUCUUGCAGGAUGUCCUCCUAGCACAUAACCCUGAGAACAGCAAUAUUUUAUGCCUCAGGUCACUACAGGAUACAUCUUCUACAAUGCUUAGGCUCGAUAGUCACAUUACAACUUUCAAAUUGUCUGAAACAGUAGGGCACCCAUUCAUGUUAACCGGAACCGAUGCAGGAGAUGUAAUAUUGAUGAACUACACGAGAAAGUUUUUCUCUAGUAAAGGUGGAAAUAAAGUGAUGGUGCCUCUAAAGCUAUGGAAAUUCAGUUUGGAUGACAAAGAUUCUAUUACAGUGUCGGCUGAUUACGAGAAAAUGAACGUUGAAAGUCCCAUUCAAGCUUCAUACAUGCCAUGGCAAAUCAUGAUCAGUGCAUUGGCGUGGAACGAAAAUGUAGUGGGUAGUUCUAUUUACGCUGCUGGUACAGCCUCGGGUAUCUUACUCGUGGAAAGAUUGGAUCCCAAUUUCCAAAAUUAG